AUGAACUUUUUGGUGCUCCCCAAGGUCACUGUUAACAUUCCAACUGCUACAGUGGACACUACUGGAUGGAAAAUACCACAAGGAAUCGAAUUGGCCGACCCUUCCUUCCUCAUAUCCCAACCUGUUGAUAUCAUACUCGGUAUCGAAUUCUUCUUCAACUUUUUCCAUGGGGGAAGAAAGAUAGCAUUGGGUGAUCACUUACCUGCCCUGAAUGAUUCAGUUUUCGGAUGGGUGGUGUGUGGCGGUGCAACAGCUAUUGGCCAGCCACUACACAUAAAUUGCAAUGCAUCGACUUCAAAUAAUUUAGAAUCGCUUAUGAAACAAUUUUGGUCCUGUGAGGAAGUUGGUUCGACGUCAAACUAUUCACCAGAAGAGGCACGAUGCGAGGAAAUAUUCACUGAUACGGUUCAGCGUGACACCAACGGUCGUUAUACCGUAUGUUUACCCAAGCACGAAGGCAUUGUGGAUCAAUUGGGAGAUUCAAAGGAAAUAGCGCUUCGCCGUCUUCAGGCAACGGAACGACGAUUGGCACGAGAUGUUGAAUUGAAAGAUCAAUACACUUCUUUUCUAACGGAAUAUUGUCGUCUAGGUCACAUGGAGAAGGUAACUGAUAACAGAGAAAUCAAACGUUGCUAUCUACCGCAUCAUCCGGUGGUCAAGGAGUCGAGCAGCACCACUAAAGUACGCGUGGUCUUCGAUGCUUCUUGCAAAACUUCUACGAAUAUUUCUCUCAAUGAUGCACUGAUGACAGGGCCCACCAUUCAAGAGGAACUCCGAUCGAUUGUAUUACGCUGUCGUACAAAACAAAUAAUGGUUGUAGCGGACGUCGAGAAAAUGUUUCGACAAAUAAAUAUGCAUCCCAAGGACCGACCAUUGCAAUCGAUCCUAUGGCGAGCAUCACCGGCAGAAGACGUUGCAACAUAUGAGCUAAACACGGUCACUUAUGGAACGAGACCGGCACCAUUCCUAGCCACUCGUACGCUAAAGCAAUUGGCAAUGGAUGAACAGGAUCAUUUUCCAGAAGCUGCCAAGGUAAUCAUUGAAGACGCCCCUAUGGAUGACAUCAUCACAGGAGCCAAUAAUCCAACAGAACCACUUUGUUUGAUCCUCUCGGGAUAA